AUUGAGGGCUCAGCGCCAUUUUGUGGGGAUCCUGGAAGUGGUCUCGCCAAGCUUUCGGUGUUGAGAAAGUUGAGACUGAGUAAGUGAGAUCACCAGAGAAGCAGAGAGAGCCACGCCUGGUUACCAGAGUAGGUAUCUAGCAUCUGCCAGCAAUCAAGGACAUUGGUCUCAGAGAUCUAAAGACCCUGGUUAAAGGAACCGUGACUGAAGUCAUCAGAGGGAGGCUCUCAGGUCGGCCAGUACUCAAGGUCUCUGGGUCUAUAUCAUCGAGCUCUUGCCUGGUGUUCAAGACUAGAGUCAUCAUCAUGCCUAGACCUUCUCGGAAGCGUAGAAGAUGUACGGUUGAGGGACAGCCUGAGGCCUCAAGUGAGACUGAGGGCCAAAUGAGUGUUGCAGUUUCAGUAGAAGAAGAUUCUUCCUCAUCCUCUUCUACUUAUUCCUCCUCUUUCCCUUCUUCCUUCUCUUCUACCUCUUCUUCCUAUGGUCGAAUGUCAGGCAACUCAGAGGAGGGCUGUGCAGUUUCUAGAGCAUCAAGUCCUCAUAGUCCUCCAGGAGCUUGCUCCUCCUGCACUGCUAUGGUUUGCUCUCCAUGUAGCCAGGUCAGUGCAGACUCUGAAGGUGAGGAAAGUCCAGGUGCCUCACAGGCCCUUCCAGGUGGUGCUUCAUUGUCUACAGGUGAGGUAGAUGUUAAAGUAGAUGAGUUGGUAAAAUAUCUGCUCUUUAAGUAUCUUAUGAAGGAGCCAGUCAGCAAGGCAGAAAUCCUGAGUAAUAUCAUUAAAAAUUAUCAGGACCAUUUUGCUGUUAUAUUUAGAGAAGCCUCAGAGUGCAUGCAAUUAGUCUUUGGCCUUGAAUUAAAGGAAAUAGAUUCUGCUGGCCACACCUAUAUUCUUACCAUAGCCCUAGAGCUCACUUAUGAUGGGAUGAUGACUGAUAUUCAGGGCAUACCCAAGACAGGCCUCCUGAUCAUGGUACUGAGCAUAAUAUUCAUGGAAGGUAACUGUAUCAGUGAGGACAUGGUAUGGGGUGUAUUGAAUAACAUAGGCUUAUAUGCUGGGAAUGAACACUUUAUAUAUGGAGAACCCAGAAAGCUCAUCACUGGUGAUUUUGUACAAGAAGGGUACUUGGAAUACAGGCAGGUGCCUGACAGUGACCCUCCUUCCUAUGAGUUCCUGUGGGGCCCGAGAGCCUAUGCUGAAACCACCAAGAUGAAAAUCUUGACCUUUUUGACCAGCAUCAAUGGUAGUGAUCCCAGAUCAUACCCAGUGUGGUAUGCAGAGGCUUUGAGAGAUGAGGAACAGCAGGAAUAGGCUAGAAAAGCCUGGCCCCUGAUGCUAUUGCUCUGAGCAGCACAUAUUAUAGUGCAUUUGCAGUUCCUAAUUCAGAUAAAGUUAUGUAGACUCAGUGAUCUAAGCAGCGGGCCCUCAAUCUAGAGCUGGUGGGAGGAGAGUGUGAGCCACCCCACUCUCACUGUUCUGUUUGGGUGACUCAGGGAUUUUUCCUUUUAGUAUUCUAAAAUGUUGCUACAUUUACUAGAAGGCUCAUUAGGCUGAGUUUUAAGCUUCCAGUUUUUAUUAGUCAUGCACUUACUGCUGUUUAUCCAUGUUGAAAAAGCAUUGCUAUUUUGUAAAACAAGCUGGGAUGUUUUCCAUCUGAUCUGCAAUCUGUCACAAGACACCGUGGUGUUGGGAUUGUUAUUUCCUGGGCUAUGGGGAAGAACUGGAUAAACAGAAUAAAAUUGUUAAUAAUAGAAUAAAAAUAAUAAUUAUUAAUAAUUGCCUUGUUAUCUUUAGUUUCUUAUUCUGGUUAAUUAAAUUCUAACCUAAAUAAAGUAUAGUAAAUGG